AUGUCUAUAAAACACAGGAACAAGGUGAUCAAAGGCAUUUUUCUCCCUCAAGACCUUACGAAGUAUGUCAAAGACAGACCAUUCAUCUACAUCAAUGACAAGUACGUUCCUACGAAAAAGAUAUCGUCACAAGAGGUAAAGAAAAAGCUAAUGAAGUAUGACUGGACGCGUGUAUUGCUCGACAAAACAGGUUUUUUUGUCGUAUUUAAUACUUUGAAGGAAUGUGAACGAUGUUUUUAUAACGAGGAUGGUGUUCGCUUCUUUGAGUAUACAAUGUACAUGGAGCUCUGUGUACCUGAGAAGUUUGUUGGUGAUGAGAAUGUUAAGGUGUCUAAAUCAUCCGAUACAAAAGGACACGAUGUUGUGGAUGAGACAGUCAACAUGUUGAUAAAAGAACUUCAGGCGUACUUAAGCAAGGAUAUUCGAGAGCGUAUAAUUGCACCGUGUUCUUGA